AAUCACGCGGCUGACCCAUAAAAGCGCGCGGAGUCGCUUUCGCCGCCGAGUGCUUGUGGCUGCCUCUGCCGUUGCCGCCGCAGCCGCCGCCGUCUUGGCGCACCGGGGUCGCCACUUGCCUCGCCGAGGGAUUUUGCUUUGGGUUCCCGGGGCGGUUUGGCCAAGGAAGAGCGCGAAAGAUGCUGUUUUGGCACACGCAGCCGGAGCAUUACAACCAGCACUCCACGGGCAGCUACCUGCGUGAUGUCCUCGCACUGCCAAUCUUUAAGCAGGAAGACCCUCAACUCUCUCCUGAGAAUGACGCAAAACUCCCUCCAUUUCAGUAUGUGCUCUGCGCAGCUACAUCGCCUGCUGUGAAACUCCAUGAAGAAACUCUGACUUAUCUCAACCAAGGUCAGUCUUAUGAAAUCCGUCUACUUGAGAAUAGGAAAUUGGGAGAGUUUCAAGAUUUAAACACAAAAUAUGUAAAGAGCAUCAUUCGCGUGGUUUUCCAUGACCGCCGUUUGCAGUAUACAGAGCAUCAACAGCUAGAAGGCUGGAGGUGGAGUCGGCCUGGAGAUCGCAUCCUUGAUAUAGAUAUCCCACUGUCAGUUGGUAUCUUAGACCCCAGAGCCAGUCCAACGCAGCUGAACACAGUUGAGUUUUUGUGGGAUCCAUCUAAGAGAGCAUCUGCAUUUAUUCAGGUACACUGCAUUAGUACAGAAUUUACUCCAAGAAAACAUGGGGGAGAGAAAGGAGUACCUUUCCGGAUACAGAUGGACACAUUCAGACAAAAUGAGAAUGGUGAAUAUACCGAACACUUGCAUUCUGCCAGCUGCCAGAUCAAAGUAUUUAAGCCUAAAGGAGCAGAUAGGAAACAAAAAACAGACAGAGAAAAAAUGGAGAAGAAAACAACUCAAGAAAGGGAGAAAUAUCAACCAUCCUAUGAGACAACCAUUCUCACAGAGUGCUCCCCGUGGCCAGAUGUGCCUUAUCAAGUGAACAACGCUCCGUCUCCCAGUUACAACAGCUCUCCAAACAGUUUCAGCCUUGGAGAUGGCAACAGUUCUCCAACUGAUCAGGUGGAGCUCCUGCCUCCCAGCAAUGACCAUCUCCUUCCUUCUGCUUCUAUUCAAGAUGCACAGCAGUGGCUUCAUCGAAAUAGGUUUUCUCAGUUCUGUAGGCUCUUUUCAAGUUUCUCAGGUGCUGAUUUACUGAAGAUGUCUAAAGAAGACUUUGUUCAGAUCUGUGGCCCAGCUGAUGGCAUUCGACUUUUUAAUGCCAUAAAAGGAAGGAAUGUAAGGCCUAAAAUGACAAUUUAUGUAUGUCAAGAGCCUGAACAAAAUAGAUCUCAUCUUCAUCAAAAACGAGAGAAUGGAGACAGCAAUCUGUGUAUAUACCAUGCAAUCUUCUUGGAAGAGCUGACUACAAUGGAAUUGAUGGAGAAGAUUGCAAAUUUGUACAGUAUUUCCCCACAGCAGAUAAACCGCAUCUAUCGACAAGGACCUACAGGGAUCCACGUAUUAGUGAGCAAUGAGAUGGUACAGAAUUUCCAAGAUGAAUCUUGUUUUGUCAUCUCUACAUUAAAAGCUGAAAGUAAUGAUGGCUACCAUAUCAUCCUGAAAUGACUCAUCUCUCUCUAUAAUGGGACUUGGACAGCUUUAUAUUACUUUAUCUCGCCUACAUUACUGUGACACAGACUGGAAAGACGGAAAAUUCUUUUGGAUAAAGUUCUCUUUUUAAAUGGAUAUCCUAACAAGAAAAUUAAAAUGUCUGGAUAUUGGCAUGUUGGGGACUAAAGAAUGUCUUUAGCAUUGAUUGUUUUUAUCUCUAACCUUCCUAACUUGCUUUCGAACAUAGUAGUGAUGUGGCAGUUCAGUUCGUUAUUUAAAACUGUGUGCCUUGCUAAAAUUGUUUUGAUGUAAGCAAAUGAAAAGGCACCUCUCCGAGAUGACCAAGGAGGUAAAAGAUCCUGGGAAACCUCCAGAGACGCACAGGCUGCGCCUCUGGACCUUGAAAGGUUGCACCUACUCCCACCUUCAGAACAUUUUUUCUUCAAAAAGGCUUGUUGCUUUUAAAAGUCCUAUUGUGCCUUCUAGUGGCCAUUUUUUUAAAAAAAAAAAAUUUGGAAGAGCAAGGGCAGCUAGGAUUGCUAAGACCUGUAAAACAAGGGGAUAUGGUCUGCCCUGCCCUUUAGGGAACUUUCUUUCUUUUUUUUUUUUUAAAGUUUCGGUCCUUAAAGAAAUUAUUCAGGAGGAACUAGGAUUCCCCAGUGGUAUUGGGAGGUCACAUACAUAAGCCACGGGGAAUACUCAUUAUCCCUGAGUUCAGGGUUAAUACUGUAAUCCUGGAUAUAGAGAUGUUUUUCACUGGGCUUUUGCUGCUGUGAUUUUUCUUUGUAGAUGGUGUACAGUAGCCUGAAAUCAUGGGUUUUAUAAUUAAUUUGUAUUGGAUGAUUCUCUCUUGAAGCAAAAUGUCCAUCCUUUGUCAUAGUGAGAGGAUUUGUUCUUUUAACACUUUUUUGUGAGUUUGACAAAAACUAGGCAGAUGACCAAUUUCCGCCCCCCUCAGGUUUUUGUACUUAUAAUGAAGUACUCCAAAUCUUCAACAUGUAGUGCUUUGUAAAUGUUUAAAUAUAUGAAUAAUUGUCCCCUACAUUUAAUAUUCCCUCCCCAAACAGAUCUUCAAACGAAAACAGGACAAAACAGGGGGGCAUUUUCUGCCCUCAACUAAGCUCUAUCUCUAAUGGUUGCUAGUUUAUUUGCUUCACAAAACACAACAUCUCUCAUUGCAAUCACCUGGAAAAGGUUAAAAUAGUGGCUAUAGUAGGAGAAAGUAGAGUGAUGGGCAGGCCUUGUGUACUGUUCCAUGUACAUCCAAAGUUGCAGUUGCCCCAUAUAACUUGUUAAGAGAUCUAACUUGGAAAAAAGAGUCUUGCUGCACAUUUAGGUGUGGGUUGCUUGUAGCAAAGAGCUACCUGCACUUUCUGCAGGGAGCAAGCUUCACCUUUCUUCCACUUAUGUAGAUUAAUUUAUCAAAACCAGCCUUGACACAUUGAUCCUGUUUAAUUUCAGAAGACAAAAAGGGUCCAGCCUGGUUGGUACUUAGUUGGUAGACAAUCAGGGGAUAUGGGGAGCUCUGAGUAGUGUGGGAAGGGACUCCUGCCUGAAAUGCUGGAUUCUGGCUGCUGGUCAGAGUUGACAUUGCUGGGCAAGAGGGACCAGUAAUCUGACUUUGUACAAGAUGGCUUCCUGUGUGUUCCCCAGAGCUGUGGUUUCCUUACUUUUAUAAACACAAAUGGCUCCCUUCAUGUAUUUAACGGAAAGUUACAGGGUUUGGUGAGGGAACAUCCUUUCUGUGAGUUGGAUGUCUAUUGUAGUUAUGGGUAGAAGUCUUACUCUUUUUCUCCCAUCACUCUUUUGCUGUGUUCACACUUUUGCCUCACAAGAUCUUAAGACAUUACAGUAGUUGUUGAUGAAGGAUGUGAGGAGAGACUUUUGCCCAAUGUUGGAAAUGUGUGUACCUUGUGGUACACAAACUAAUAGGGGUUUCUGUUUCCAUUUAUAUAUUGGAUAUUCUUUUGAAAGAAACAAUGACACCUCUUCCUGCUACCUCUUGUUCUUUUUAGUAUUUACAUUAUAAACAUUUGUGCAGAGGACAAACACCAGAGACACUGGGUAUCCUAACUUGAAAGCCAAUAUCACACAAACUUAGAGGCUGUAAAGCUGUCAUUAUUAUUGCUAAAAUAAUGUUUUUCCACCUCAUAGAUUGUCAUAAGAAAAAGUAGAACUGAAGAGAUAAUAUAUUUUUAUUAAAUAUAUUUUCCCUCUCCCCCCCCCAAGUGGUUUUAUUUCAUUCACUAAAUGGUGCAGACAGUAAAAGACAAGUGAUGAGCUAAAACAUUCGGAAAUAAAUGCUUUGGGUGAGUGCUCUGAUAGGUCUUAGCCCUUCUCUAAUCUUGCUGUUGGAUUAGAGAUGGAUUUUGCCCAUUUUCCCCUCUAAUCUAAUGUACCCACAUAUCCUCUUAAGUAAGUCUCAUACUUCUGUUGGGCCUCACAAGACAUAAAAAAAAUCUUUUUUACACUCAGACAUUGGAAAGGCAGGCAUUUUAAAAGUCAGGAUGUCAUCUGUGACAAAGUAAUUUUGCUAUGCUAACCUGUGUGCCUUCUGAUAAUAAUACUUUUGUGCCUCUAUUUUACCAGUGAACAUAUUGUAAACUGUAUGAAAUCUUUGUGUCAAAAUAUUUUCUUUUACCUAUGUUAAAUAUAAUACUAAUCUGGACAGAUGCAAUGCAGAGUUGCAUUGAUGUGUAUAGGAGCUGGACACUUAAACCCUGAUCCAGUGAGUGCAGUAGGUAUACAGAAGCAGGCUUCUGUGCAAAAAUUCUCUGCUGGAUCAGGAACUGUGCAGGUACUGAAGAAGUGCACAUUUACCUCCCAUUGCUGGGUGCCCACCUCCAGCAGCUGGGGCUUUCUUUGUAGUGCUCUUCACUGGAUUUGGGUUGUGUGCACAGUGCCCAAUGGAUGACUAAUGCGCUGGUGAGUUGAUGAACUCUACGCUGCUACUUUGGAUUCCAGCAUUUCGUUAGUAUCUGUUAGGUAGGUGCACAUAGCCAGAGCUUUGUGUGCAACUCAUGCACCGGCCUUAUUAGGUUGGAUCCUUGGUGUGUAUCUUGUUCCCGUUACCUGGCUCUUCAGGAUGAAAAGAUGCAUCAAAACCUUGGUUCCUCAAGCAGCUGAAAUAAGUACAGAUAUCAUUGAGAAGAAUAAUCAUAGUUCAGAAUUCACAUUUAGCACAUUUGUAACUGCUUGAAUGUAUUGCAUUUUGCUGAAAUAUAAAUGUUCUUUUGGUAAAGAUAAUUCUGGCUUGUUACUCUUCAAAAAAAAAA